UUUCUUUGACACCUAAAGGAAGAAAGGAGGAUGAGAGGAAGGAGGGGAGAGGAGGGGAAAGGAGUUACAUCAGAGGGAAAGAAGAGCUCUUGAAUCAGGGAAAGAGGAAGAAGAACAGGAAGGAUUGCCCACUCCAAUACUCCCUCUCAUGGUUCUUGGAAGAACAAUGGGGGAGGAAGUCAUGGAGUCGAACAUCUGUAUCGUCACUUCCUCAUUGCUCUGGGGAUGCAAAGGGCAUUGUUCUCUCAACUAGGACCCAGAGCUGAGAAGGGAUCCCCACUGGCUGGGCUGCUCUUGAGGAGAAGCAGGAUGGACCGAGGGAGAGUCUCUGAAAAUGUGCUGGAGAAAAAUAAGACGCUUGAGGCUGAAAAGAUCUACAGGAUCCUCAGGGUCAUCCACAUUGUCCUGGUUCUCUUGGCUCUCAUCCUGGCUGCAGUCCUGACAGUGAUGGUUCUUCUGCUCCCAGAUCUUCAAGAGCAAAAUGGCCAACUGAAGGAGAUGCAAGCCUCCAAUGAAGCACUGAGAGAAAAAAACAGAAUUCUCAUCAAGAAAGUUCCAGAGUCGUGGAUAGUCCACAAUGGAAGUCUCUACUACUUUUCCUGUGUGGCUAAGUCCUGGGAAGAUGCUGAGCGGUCCUGUGUGUCACUUGGCUCCCACUUGACUUCGGUGACUUCCGUGUCUGAGCAGGAAUUUAUUUAUAAAAAAGCUAAUGGUGCCGGCUAUUGGAUGGGACUGAAUAAGCUAAAGAGCUCAGACUGGAGAUGGACUGACGGGACCCCUUAUAAUGAGAAACAUACCAACAAUUUUUGGGCACCAAAUGAACCAAACAAUUUAGGAGACAAUGAACGUUGUGUCCAGUUUUUAAAGAACAGCAUCCGCUCAUGGAAUGAUAACAGUUGCUUCUAUCCCGCCAUGUAUAUUUGUAAAUGGGACUGCAAGGCCUCUGCAUUAUGUCCUUGAAUCUGAAGAGAGUCUCUGACUUCUGAGGACUCUCCUACCUGAAGAAUGGACACAGAUGGCAAACUUUCUUCCAUUUACCAUCCGCACCUACACACCGGGCUCCAUUUUUUAUUUCUCACUUAAAGCCGAUCUGUCGAGGCCUGAUCAGCUGGACCAAGGGAUGCUCCCAACCCAUCAGGCAGCCGCAGACCCUCCUUUCCAUGUCAUCAUGGCCAGAAUGAUGGCCUCAGCAUGCCAUCUGCACCUGUGCCUCCAUGACCUUCAUACAUAUCUACACGUAUCUUCUUGUUCUUCCCAGGCUUCCAGCACUUGAGCCGGAAAGGAAAUUGGGGAGACCCUCUGACCUGGAACUCAUAAGCUGGCCCUGCUCCCUGCAUUGAUGACUAGUUCUAGAGAUUACAAGGUUCUAAUUCAUGUCAUCCCUGCAAUACGUAGCCUUCAGAGUCGCUCUGGAUCCCCUUUCCUGGUCAAUCAGGGAUUGACUUCAGCCAGCCACAGUGCUUAUCACUGAGGAAUCAAAGCCAGAAGGGAAACAGACUUGUUAUAGCUUGCAGGUUGGGGCUGUCAGGAUGCUUCUGGGUAAAGAUGAUCAUUGAACCUCUGAGAGUUUACUGAGCUAGCAGGCAAGAGGAGAUAACACCGGACCGGGAGGCAGGAAAGUGGAGUUUGGUCCCAUCAGUGUGGUAAGCUUGGCCUGAGAAAACUGGGGUUCAGAUCAAGUUCACCAAAUGACUGUAUUGUCAUUUUUGGAGUCGCUUGGCUUCUCUGCCAUAUUUAAAGAGCAGUGCUAGGAAUCCUACCCAGUGACAUCCUUCGGCACGAGAAUUCGGCAGAGCAUCUGUUAAUAUAGUUUGGAAUCUGUACAGAGGCUGAUUUGAUAGUUCUUGGUUUGUCUCUUCUCAGACACUUGUUAGCUGGAGGAAUCUGGGCAAAGGUCUCUGUCAGCCUUAGUUUACAUAUCUGUAAAAUGGGGACAACCACACCUGUAGCAGUAUCUGUCACCUGGGCAGCUUUUUAAAUCCUUUUUAGCACUGUGUGAAUGUCAGUCUUUAUUCCUAUGAAUAAACAGUUUGGAAAGACCG